AUGAGCCCGCUGCGGGGCUGGCUGCUCGCCGCGCUCCUCUCGCUCGCCCCGCGGGCAGGUCCCUCAGGCCUGGCCACACAGGGGGGAUGGCCGCAGUGGAGGGUCCCCCGGGCCCGGUGGCAGGAGGGGGAUGUGGUGUCCCAGGUCACCCACCCCAGCAGGCUGGUGGGGCAGAGCUCAGGAGGAGAAGUCCAGAGGCACCAGCUGGACACCAGGGUCAGGAAUGAGCCCGGAGGAGGAAAAAAAGGAGGAGGAGGAGGAGGAGGAGGCCCGGGGCUGCACCUGGCUCGGGUGAGCUUCGUGGUGCGGGCAUUCGGCAUCGCCUUCACCCUCGACCUCCGGCUGAACCACCACCUCCUCGCCUCCCACUACCAGGAGCGGCACCUCGGCGUGGGCGACAACGGCACCCACAGCACCCACAGCACGGGUGCAGGGGAGCACUGCUACUACCAGGGCCGUCUGCGGGGGCUGCCCCGCUCCUUUGCUGCUCUCUCCAGCUGCCAGGGCCUGCGUGGGGUCUUUUCGGAUGGCCGAGCCACCUACCUGAUCGAGCCCCAGGAGGGUGUCGAGGAUGGGCAGGACCUUCAGCCACACAUCGUUCAGCGCAUCCCCAACUGUGCUCAACCAGGCUGCCUCUCCCCUGUGCUCAGCCAGCACCUCACAGACGGGUCACCCAAGCUGCGGCAGCGGCGACAGCUCCGCCGGUCCCAGCACACAGUUCACAGUGAGACCAAGUACAUCGAGCUGGCGGUGGUGAACGACCACCAGCUGUUCCUGCAGCUCCGCAAGUCCGUGGUUCUCACCAGCAACUUUGCCAAGUCCGUGGUCAACCUGGCUGACAUGAUCUACAAGGAGCAGCUCAACACCCGCAUUGUGCUGGUGGCCAUGGAGACCUGGGCCUCGGAGGACCGGAUCCGGAUGGGGGAGGAUUCCCUGGAGACCCUGACCGAGUUCAUGAAGUACCGGCGUGAGGGGCUGGCAGAGCAGAGUGACACCGUCCACCUCUUCUCGGGUCGGACCUUCCAGAGCAGCCGCAGUGGCACGGCCUUUGUGGGGGGCAUCUGCUCAGCUGCCCGUGCCGGGGGUGUCAAUGAGUACGGCAACGUGGCGGCCAUGGCGGUGACGCUGGCGCAGACGCUGGGGCAGAAUGUGGGAAUGAUGUGGAACAAACACCGCACAGCUGCAGGAGACUGCCGGUGUCCAGACUCCUGGCUGGGCUGUAUCAUGGAGGACACAGGGUAUUACCUCCCACGGAAGUUCUCCCGCUGUAGCAUUGAUGAGUACAACCAGUUCCUGCAGGACGGGGGUGGCAGCUGCCUCUUCAACAAACCCCUCAAGCUCCUGGACCCUCCAGAGUGUGGAAACGGCUUCGUGGAGGCAGGAGAGGAGUGUGACUGCGGGUCCCUGGCGGAGUGUGCGAGGAGCGGGGGCAACUGCUGCAAGAAGUGCACGCUGACCCAUGACGCCAUGUGCAGCGAUGGGCUCUGCUGCAAGGGCUGCAAGUACGAGCCACGAGGUGUGUCCUGCCGGGAGGCUGUGAACGAGUGUGACAUCCCUGAGACCUGCACUGGGGACUCCAGCCAGUGUCCCCCCAACCUCCACAAGCUGGAUGGCUACUUCUGUGAAAACGAGCAGGGACGAUGCUAUGGUGGGCGCUGCAAAACGCGGGACCGGCAGUGCAACGCGCUGUGGGGACGCGGCUCGGCCGAGCGGUUCUGCUACGAGAAGCUGAACGUGGAGGGGACAGAGAGGGGCAACUGCGGGCGCGAGGGUGCGGGAUGGCUGCAGUGCAACAAGCAGGACGUGCUCUGCGGGUUCCUCCUCUGCGCCAACAUCUCGGGCGCUCCUCGGGUGGGCGAGCUCAGCGGGGAGGUGGCCACCACCACCUUCUUCCACCAGAACCGCUACGUGGACUGCAGGGGAGGCCACGUGCAGCUGGUGGACGGCUCGGACCUGAGCUAUGUGGAGGACGGGACACCCUGCGGGCCCGGCAUGCUGUGCCUCGACCGCAAAUGCCUUCCGGCCACCGCCUUCAACUUCAGCUCCUGCCCCGGCAGCUGGGACGGGAAGAUUUGCUUUGACCACGGGGUUUGCAGCAAUGAGGGGAAGUGCAUCUGCCGGGCAGAGUGGACGGGGAAGGACUGCAGCGUCUACGACCCCAUCCCCGAGCCGAGACCGACGGGGGAGACGGAGAGAUACAAGGGUCCCAGCGGUACCAACAUCAUUAUUGGCUCCAUCGCGGGGGCUGUGCUGGUGGCUGCCAUCGUCCUUGGGGGGACAGGCUGGGGAUUUAAGAACAUCCGCCGAGGAAGGUACGACCCGGCGCAGCAGGGAGUGUAACCACCCCCCCCAUCGUGUCACCGUCACUGUCACCGUCACCCCGACGGCGUGGGACCCCCGGCCUGGGCCCGUCUGUC